AUGGCGCUCAAAAAUGUCCUCGCCGGCAAGACGGCCAUCAUCACAGGCGGCACAACUGGCAUCGGCCGCGCCAUCUGCCUCGAAUACCUGCGACAAGGGUGCAACGUCGCAGUAAACCACCUCGACCUCGACAAGGACAGGCCACACCUCGACUCCCUGGUCGCAGAAGCAGAGAAGCUCAAGUCCAUGGCAGAAGCGGGCCAGACCGUCGGCUCGCUGGCGCACCUCGCGGGCGACGUGACGGACCCGGCGACGGGGACCAGGCUGGUGGCGUUCGCGCUGGAGGCGUUCAAGACGGGCCGGCUGGACGUGUGCGUGUCGAACGCGGGCAUCUGCACCUUUGCCGAGUUCCUGGACCUCCCCGCCGACCUGUACUCCAAGACGGUGCGGACGAACCUGGACGGGGCCUUCUACGUGGUGCAGGCGGCGGCGCGGCAGAUGGCGCUGGCGCAGUCGCCGCCCGGUGGAUCCAUCAUCGGCAUCUCGUCCAUCUCGGCGCUCGUGGGGGGCGGCGGGCAGACGCACUACACGCCCACCAAGGCGGGCAUACUGUCGCUUAUGCAGAGCACCGCCGUUGCGCUGGGGAAGUAUGGGAUUAGGUGUAAUGCCCUGCUGCCUGGGACGAUCCGCACGCAGCUUAACGAUGAGGACCUCGCUGAUGCGGAGAAGAGGAAGUACAUGGAGGGCAGGAUACCGCUUGGCAGGACGGGCGAGACGAAGGACCUGGCGGGCCCGGCUGUGUUCCUCGCCAGUGAGGAGCUGAGUGGCUAUGUCUCUGGAUCGCAAUUGCUGGUUGAUGGAGGGGCUUUUGUCAACUUUCAGUAG